AUGUCACCGCAGAGCCUUCCGAAACUACCGCAGGAGGUCAACAAGCUAAUAACCAACGAAAUAAAUUUGGAAAUAAUGCUCAAGCACAAAGAGCUCGAACUAGCCCAAGCAGAAACGCAGAAAAUCCAAGAUGAAAUCCGCAAGCUCCAACAAGUCAUAACAGACCCAGAGCCAGCUCCCCCGGACCCACGACCACAACUCCACCACAACAACCCAUUCCACCACACCUACGAUCACCACAACCCGCACCACCCUCAUCAUCAUGUCAUCCCGCCAUCUCAUCCACAACGCAGCGGAUUAUCGCUCGCGCCAGCGCAACACCAACAAGACCCCAACGCCACGCACUACCGCACCCGUCUGACGACCUCGGGAUGUCUAUACCAGCGCGCAGAUGGCGUCAUUGUGAAAAUCACAUGUCCAGACUGCCAGCGAUCGAAUUUUUUAUCCGUGCAGGGUUUUUUGAACCAUUGUCGGAUUGCACACGCGAAGGAUUACAUGAGUCAAGAAGCUGCUGCGCAGCAGUGUGGCGAAGUUAUUGAUUACGAUAUGCCUGUGCCUGUGAGCUCGACUCCUAACGCUUAUACGUAUCCCGUGAAGGAGAAACGAAGCCAGAGUCCUCCUACCACAACCCCCAACAACGCCAACACGGCCGCAACGGCAAGCACGCCAGCAGCGAAGUCGAAUGAGUUGUUGAAGAAGUUGAUCAAGCAGGGUAAGAUGGACAAAUCCAAGUUUGAAGCGUUGGUGAGUGAAACGAAGCAGCACGUGCUCAACGCGCACUUGUUCGACGGCGAAGUCGACGACGACAACGACGAUGAUCGAAAUGAAGCAGGUGAGGAACAAGUGAAAUCCGGCGUCGUCGCUAAGGAUUCUUCACCGGGCGAUGGUGGUGGUGGUGACUCCUCGAGCCACGUGAUCCUGCCUAACCGCGAGAGAAAGAGACGUCAAUCACGCGGCGGCAUCAACAUCAAGAUGGACUUGAAUGGCGAAGACGCGGCAGUCGCCGAAGAUGACGAAGUUGAGUCGCCACAAGAGAAGAAAUUGAAAAAGUAA